CGGCCACGGCGCGCGCCGGCGUCGCCCUCCUCCCAUUGAGCGAGGCUGUGUCGCGUGGCCCGGCGUCGGCGUGACGGUUGGACGCGGGCGCGGCACUGCGGGUCCCGAUUGCUGCAGCCGCUUGUCAGUGUGAUGAAGAUUGGCACCCAGUGCAGCGGGCUGGAAGCUUCUAGAACCAGGUCCCUGCAUGCCCACUUCCUAAUCUGCGGUUUGGAUAGAAGGUUCUUGAACACACGAAGUCCAAGCACGUCAGCCUUGCGGCACCUCUCUCCCCUACAGGCCCCAGAAGCGGCUGCACUCCGCCCCUCUGCAGGACCUGCGGCUUGGCCCCGGGCUCACGCAGAUGCCCUGCGCUUCGGAUGCACGAUGAUGUGACGUGGGACCCGGGCAUCGCGCACCAUGAUGGCAACACAGACGCUGAGCCUAGACAGCUACCAGGACGGGCAGCAGAUGCAGGUGGUGACAGAGCUGAAGACAGAGCAGGACCCCACGUGCUCCGAGCCCGAUGUGGAAGCCGUGAGCUCACCGCCCGUGGGCUCCCAGACCCCCAUGGACGCCGACAAGCAGGCCAUCUACAGGCACCCCCUGUUCCCGCUGCUGGCCCUGCUCUUCGAGAAGUGCGAGCAGUCCACGCAGGGCUCCGAGGCCACCACAUCCGCCAGCUUCGACGUGGACAUCGAGAACUUUGUGCGGAAGCAGGAGAAGGAGGGGAAGCCCUUCUUCUGCGAGGACCCCGAGACCGACAACCUAAUGGUCAAGGCCAUCCAGGUGCUGCGGAUCCACCUGCUGGAGCUGGAGAAGGUGAACGAGCUGUGCAAGGACUUCUGCAGCCGCUACAUCGCCUGCCUGAAGACCAAGAUGAACAGCGAGACGCUGCUGAGCGGGGAGCCGGGCAGCCCCUACUCCCCCGUGCAGGCCCAGCUGCAGAGUGCCAUCACGGGCACGCUCAGCCCCCAGGGACUCGUGGUGCCGGCGUCUGCGCUGCAGCAGGGGAACGUGGCCAUGGCGACCGUGGCAGGCGGCACCGUAUACCAGCCCGUCACGGUUGUCACGCCCCAAGGCCAGGUCGUGACCCAGGCCCUGUCGCCUGGGACCAUCAGGAUCCAGAACUCUCAGCUGCAGCUGCAACUGAACCAGGACCUGAGCGUCCUGCAGCAGGACGACGGCUCGGCCAAGAACAAAAGGGGCGUCCUGCCGAAGCACGCCACCAACGUCAUGCGCUCCUGGCUCUUCCAGCACAUCGGGCACCCCUACCCCACGGAGGAUGAGAAGAAGCAGAUCGCGGCACAAACCAACCUCACACUGCUUCAGGUCAACAACUGGUUCAUCAAUGCCAGGAGGCGCAUCCUUCAGCCCAUGCUGGACUCCAGCUGCUCAGAGACACCGAAGACGAAGAAGAAGACGGCCCAGAACAGGCCCGUCCAGAGGUUCUGGCCUGACUCCAUCGCGUCCGGCGCCACCCAGCCAGCCCCCAGUGACCUGGCCAUGUCGGAAGGCGCCGUGGUGACCAUCGCCACGCCCGUGAGCAUGAGCGUGGACAGCCUGCAGUCCCUGUCCUCGGACGGCGCCACGCUGGCCGUGCAGCAGGUGAUGAUGGCGGAGCAGAGCGAGGACGAGUCGGAGGACAGCACGGGGGACGGUGGCGCGGGGCUGACCCCCAGCCACAUGGGCGGGCUGGUGCUGGAGCACAGCGACUCCCUGCAGUAGCGCCGAGUGCGCGGGUGAGGAGAGUCGAAGGGGGGCUCCGGGUGGCGAGUGCCAGACCCGGGCUCGGAGCAGGCCUCAGGGCCAGGCUCGGGCCGGGGCUUUGAGGAAGCUUCUGCACCUUAGGACAAACUGCCAGUGGGCGCGGCUGUGUGCAGGGGGCAUGCAGCCCGCCCGCCAGCCUCUGCCAUUUGCUGUAUGUAAAAAGAAACUCCUAUUUUUACCUUGCUGGAAUUAUUGGAUAAAAAGCUAUUUUUAUAAAUUGGUUAUGAAUUGGAUUAUGACUAUAGUGAGGAUGAAAUUUCUAGAGAAGAAAUGAUAGGCGCUUCCUGUCCCAAUGUGGAUGUUCCGUGUGGACCACAUUGCAAGCCCCUGCCCAGAGGCAGCUGGCAUGGGGAGUGGGGGGGCUGCCAGCCCCACAGCCCCCUCCUCCCAGACGGCGCCUCACGCCUGCCCAGAGCCCGACUCUGCUGUCCGGUGAGUUCGGGCUGGUGAGACACGUCCGACCCAGAAGCAACUCCCGAGCACUGUCUGGGUGUCCUGCAAGGACAGAACGGCUGCCGAGUAGACUGUCAUCUCUGACAACCCCCAGCCCCGCUCGGAGUGGCCUCACGGUGCCGGCCUGCCCCCAGGGGGAGAGGAACCAGGGUGCCGGGGCUCUGGAGGGGCCGGGAGGGGGCCAGGUGGUGAGGCUGUGUCCGGCUCCAGGGAGCCCCAGGGGCAUGGGGCGGGGCCCAGGGUUGCUGAACUGGAGCCACUUUGUUCUGGAAGGACCCUUGGAGCAGGCCUGGUCAGCGCAGAGAGACCGACACACACCCACGCAUCCUGCGGACUGACCUCAGCUGACGGGCUGGACUGUCAGAACACGGCCGUCCCCCGGCCACCUGCUCCUCGGCUGGGCAGGUGGAUGCCCUCGCAGGGGGGUGCGGUCGGGUGGGCCGCUGUGGAAGCCCCGAGCUGGAUGUGUCAGGAAAGUGGAGAGCUGGGGCUGGGCGCGGGAGGGGCCCGGCCGGCCGCGCAGACUGUAACUUCCCUCUUGUUUGUGAAGCAACUGAGUCAAAACACGAAAAUCCAACACA